CGACAAGCAAUCACCUGCAUGUCGGCUAUCUACAUGCGAAUACUGUAGAAAUCAACUGAUUUUUAAAUUUACGUGUAAAAUCUAAUGAUUCGUUGGUAUUGUUAUUCGAGUGAUUGUAGAUUGUGUCGUUCCUGGAUGAGAAUUCGUCUGGGAAUAGAUGGUGAAUGCUGAGGUUGAUUGGUGCGGCUACAGUGGGACCUUGGGCGUUUGUGGACUUUAAACGUGUCAAACUUAUUUAUUUUCAAUCCUUAUAUGGAAUAAAGGUGUGUUUUGUUUCUCAGAAGAACUUCUAGUGUCGUUUAAUCCAAAAGUGAAAAUAAUUUGGGAUUUUCUCCGAUAGCUGAAGGAUUAAACAAAAUCGAAGGUGCUUUGGUUCAGGCAUAACCAAGCAGGUGUAGGUGUGAGAGAUCUGCUUUCUGGGAAAUAAAAAAUUGAAGAGGUUUUGGAAGGAUUUAAAUAUGGAGGACACACAGGAAGAAACACAAUUUGUUGUUGACGAUGUGAGCAAAAUCAUCAAGGAGGCUAUUGAGGUAUCCAUCGGUGGUGAUGCAUACGCACACAAUAAAGUUAGCCAGUGGACGUCGAACGUAGUUGAGGGAUGUCUAGCAAGCCUUACGAAAUUGCAAAAACCUUAUAAAUAUAUUGUUACAUGCACGAUUAUGCAAAAAAAUGGAGCAGGAUUGCACACAGCGAGUUCGUGUUUUUGGGAUAAUGCAACUGAUGGCAGUUGCACAGUACGUUGGGAGAACAAGACGAUGUACUGCAUCGUUUCUGUCUUUGGAUUAGCUAUUUAAAAGUUUCUAGUCAGCUUCCAAUCAAGCCACACACAUUGUUGAGGCUCUGCAGAAUGAACGCGCAUUGAGUGAGAUGAAAAAUUGGGGUCUACGACGCUUCUAAUGACUACUCUAUGUAAUAUAGAUAUAGAUAUUCCUCAUUUUUCGUUGUCAAUUCGAAAUUGUUUCACCUCAAUUUGCUCCCAAUCAAAUUCAUAUCGAUGCUGUUGUUUUGAAUAAAUUGCUCUUGUCUAAUUUAUAUUUGCUACACUUUUUGUACUAUUCACUACUUUCAUUUGUGAGUAAUAAAAAAUAUAUUUAAUUUA